AUGUGGCGGCAUCGGGCGGCAUCCAUAUUUGCUGGUGGGACCGUGUACCGAGGAUGUUUACUUUUUCUUCAUGACAUUCGAGGAGGAGCUGUUGGUUCUCCGUCUUUGGCUUCUGCCAAGAUCACCAGGAAAGGUACCACCGCGGAUGUUCACUUCUUCGCACCCGCCUUGUCUGUGGCGCGGCGUGGCGUCAAGUUAUCUAACCCUAGCAGCAAACAAGGUAGUCAGCAUUACGGUGUUGAACCAAAACUGGAGGCAGGCAAAGACGUUCAAUUAAAACACACCGAAAUGUACGACGGGUAUACCGAUGACUUUGGCGUGUUUAAAGAAGGACCUCCUACGACGUUACGGCUGGAAUAUGUUCGUUCCCCGGAACAUGGAUACUCGCAGCAAUUACUUCAGAAAGAUAUCUGGUCUCCAUUUCAGGUCAAUGCUAACAUGAUGAUAUACACGCCCUUUUAUUAUGACUGGAAGGGGUUUGCGAGUCGUGAUUACUGGGGACAUCGCAGUGGAACAAAUCCUGGAAGUAAAGUCCUAUUGGGUCAUUAUCGACGGGUGGAGGAGAGAUCGUGGGGGUACCGUGUUAUGGUGAACCACAAACCACAAAAGCGUAUUCCUAAAUGGUUAGCAUGUAUCGUUCAUCUACCACGUAAAAAGUCUUUUGUAGGAUUUUUCUUGUAUGCUAAUGG